AUGAUGGGAAAACUUCGAUUAAGAAAAUCAGGAGUUGAUCGGAAGCCACGACAAGCUUACUCACAAACGCAACUGGAAAGGCUUGAAAAUGAAUUUAAACAAGAUAAAUAUUUGAGUGUAAGCAAACGACUUGAGCUUUCGAAAUGUCUCAACUUGACGGAAGUGCAAAUAAAAACUUGGUUCCAAAAUAGACGAACCAAGUGGAAGAAACAGUUAACAUCACGUUUAAAAAUUGCACAACGACAAGGUCUAUACAGUAAUCAUCAGCCACAUACGAAUCUACCAACAAAUCUUUUGCACAAUUACUACAUUCAUCAAAGCUUUUCUCAACAGCAAUUUUUAACACCAAAUCUCAGUUGA